UCUAGCCACGUUAAGUUACAAAACCAAACACCAAAAAGUAAAAGAGAGACCCACAAAACACACAAACUCAAACUUCUCCUUCCCAUUCCCACCAGAAUCCUCCUCCAUUUACAUUACUCCGAGGCUCAGCACAUGCUCCCUCUUUCCUCGUCCAAAUACUCAUUUAUUUAUUCCCAAAAUCCACGCACCCUAAAUUCCUUUCCCUUCGAAGAUUCUCUGACAUCACCGUAACCGAAGAAGAAGUAGCUGAUCCAAUUCCGAACAAACAUCCACACCUCAUUUCGCAAACACGAUCCAGAAAGGAAAAAAAAAUGCUUACGUGCAUAGCACGUCCGAAGAAACCCGGUGGCGACUCGGCAAGCGACGAUCCGAGUUCGCGGAGCCAGCAGGGAGUGAAGUCGCUGACGUGUCAGCUGAAGGAGAUGGCGCUGAAGGCGUCGGGAGCGUACAAGCAGUGCGGCCCGUGCGCGACGGCGCCGAGUAGGCCGAGUCGCAGCGGAACCGAGUCGGACUCGGAGUCGUCGUCGUCCCGGCGGCGGUGGGGGAAGGAGCUGGAGGCGCGGCUGAAGGGGAUAUCGAGCGGGGAAGGGACGCCGAGCUCGAGCGGGAGGAGGGUGGUGAUGCUGCUCGAGGACGAGGAGGAGCCGAAGGAGUGGGUGGCGCAGGUGGAGCCUGGCGUUUUGAUCUCCUUUGUGUCGCUUCCACGUGGCGGGAACCAUCUCAAACGGAUACGAUUCAGUCGCGAGAUAUUUAACAAAUGGCAAGCUCAAAGAUGGUGGGCAGAGAACUAUGACAAGGUGAUGGAACUUUACAAUGUUCAAAGGCUUGAUCGCCAAGCUUUCCCUCUUCCAACUCCACCAAGGUCUGAAGACGAGAGUUCAAAGCGUGAAUCAAUAGAAGAUUUCCCAGUGACACCUCCACUGAGCAGGGAAAGGCCACCUUGUAAUCUAUACCGUGCCGGGGGAAGAGGAGGAGGAGGCAUGGGAAUGGGGUACUCAUCCUCAGAUUCCUUUGAUCACACCUCAAUGCAAUCAUCCCGGCAUUACUAUGACCCCAAUGGUGUGAACUCAACCCCAAAGGCUUCCACCAUUAGUGCUGCUGCAAAGACAGAUAUCUCAUCAAUAAUGGAUGCUGAUGCUUCCAUAAGAAGUAGUUCAUCCAGGGAAGCUGAUCGCUCUGGGGAUCUUUCAAUCAGCAAUGCCAGUGACUUUGACAAUGAAUGGGUUGAGCAGGAUGAGCCUGGGGUUUACAUCACCAUCAGAGCUCUCCUGGGUGGCAAAAAGGAGCUCAGACGAGUCAGGUUCAGUCGAGAAAAGUUUGGGGAGAUGCAUGCUAGACUAUGGUGGGAAGAGAACCGUGCCAGAAUACAUGAACAAUACUUGUGAGCUAGAUGCCUAGAUUUAUCAAAGGGGUGGCUGCUGAUGUUUCACAAAAUGUGGAGGUGGUGUUUCUUAUCAAUUUGCUUAAUCAAUGUUUUUGUUAUAUAAAGUCUCCUUAUAGGCAAGAUGUCAGAACGAGUGCUACUAUACAUCCCUAGACCCUAGCGCUCGUGUUUCAUCUUCAUGCAAUCAAUUCUGGUUAUUCUCUUGACUCUACGGAGUAAAUGUAGCUUCUGUUAGUCAGGUUAGCAAUUGUUUUGUCGAAACUUACAAGUAAUGGGUGUAUAUUAUAUAGCUGUUGAAAUUAGAUCCAGAGAAUGAAUCUACUCAUUUUCUUUUUGUUUCUUAAGCA